AGCUCCUCGAGCACGAGAACGAGCAUGGCGCGGACGUCUGGGUCGCCGCGCGGCCGAUGCCGCCGAGACCGCUGCACCACCAGCUCGUCGGUCGGGAGAUCGUCGCCACAGAGCGUACGGACAUGCAUCUCCUCUGGAUGACGGGCCGGAUGUUCCUCAAGCCCCUCCCGCGCUUCUUACUUGAGCCUCGCUUCUGGACCAAAUAUCUCUCCUGUGGAGUGGAAUGCGGCUGCUCUCGCGACAAGGUCGGCGCCCAUGGAUGCACCCUGGAGUGCAAUCGAGAGCUUCGGAGCGUGUGCUCGGCUUCCUGUUCUCCUAUGCUGCGCUGAUAUCCCACGAGAGCAACUUCCACAUCGCCAGGGAGAAUCACUUGCUCCUACUAGAAGUAUCGUGGCCUGCGUGGAAAAUAUUUGUUGAGCAGCUGGAUACGGAGCGCAUCUACCCGCAUAUCGACCCGCGUUUCCAGCACGGCGAGCUACGUCUAAGCCGGCUAAGCAAGAUUUACCGUCUCCGGCGGAACCUGCUACACGGGUAUAUGCCGCGCUGGAACCAAUAUAGCGACUUCAUUUGCAACAACUUCGCCUUGUUAGCUAGCUCGACGGUUUACAUCGCUAUUGUGCUCACCGCGAUGCAGGUUGGGCUCGGUACCAAGCUUCGUGAUAACGAUGCCUUCUUCGCCGCGUCAUACGGCUUUACUGUCUUCUCCGUUCUGGGGCCACUUAUUGCCGCCGCACUUAUCGUCCUGGCGUUCUUCUCUGUUUUCGUAUAUAACUCAACUCUGAUGUCGGUUAAUUGCGUGGCGUACAUUAAUCACGUUCUUUCUCUUGGAUGGCAACACAGGGUUCGACUCCGGAUUAGGCCACGCGAACAGGCGAGUAGCCCUUGGUUGUUCAAUGUCUCGCCAUGGUCCCGCAAAG